AUGGCUGGUCAAACACCUGGGCGUAAGCAUUGGAAAAUAUUCAGAGAACCCAUUGAAAAUCUUCAAAGUUUGGGAUUAGCUGAAGAUGGUUGCCCAGAAUCUCAAGUAAUUUUAGCGAAGCACCUGCUUGAAGAAAAUCCUGAUAAUCCAAUUAACCAAGAAGAAAAGGCUCGAUUAGGAGUUUAUUGGUUGAUAAAAGCUUCUGAAAAGGGCCAUGAAGAAGCUACGAGAAUGCUUCAAAAUUGCCUUGAUACUGGAAGGGGUAUUAGUGAACAUAACAUAGAUGAAGUUAGAGCUUCAUUGAAUAUGACUCUAGGAGAAAAAGUGUCACGUGAGGCUGCAAGGGAACUGUUUUCUCGAUUAUCCCAAGGUGAAGAUUUUGUUACUAGUGGUCAGAUCAUUGAAGAAAUGCGAAGAUGUUCUGAUGAAAAUUCUCCUUCAAGCAGCAAUGGAGGAGGUGAAGAUGUACCUGAUUGGAGAGCUCGAGGAGAAGGUAGUGGAGAUAAGCUGACUGAAGAGAUGCUGGUUGCUGCGGCAAGUCAUUACUCACGUGGAGAGCUUCCGUUGGUCCUAAAGAGACCUGCGAUAAGAAAUUCACGAUUACACCUGGCCGUAGCCAACAUCGCUCGAAUACCUGCAGUUCCUAACCCUUUAGUCAUGCUAGCUAUUUUAUCUUUAUUAGGUGUUGAAGCUUUGUUGGAUGCCCUUCCUUCUCUUUUGUAUUAUUUGAGUCUCUUCUUUAUGGUUUUAAGCACUUGCCAAGUUCUCACGAAAAAAUGGGAAUUCAACCAAUUUAGGAAGUGGUCAAACUUAUUGGUGGCUUGGGGUUGCCCAGAGACUAGCUCAAUUGAUGCUCAGUGGGCUCACUGCGUUCAGAACGCGAAGCCAUGCUUUGUCUUCAUUGCAGCUCUCUUGGUUAAUCUUCUUCUUAGCUCAAGCGUCCAUGACAUUCCUUACUCAGAGAUUACUAUUCUCUCUACUUUCAUGUCUCUCUUGACUCUGUAUAAUUUGGCCUGGCGCAAGAAGAAGUUUGACUUUGUUGUUUUAAGUUCAUUUGUUGUUCACCUUCUUGCCAGAUAUCCAUAUGAAAUAGACACUGUUGUUUCUCAGUACUGGAGGUACCUUGAUGUACAUACUCCUACGGUAGCAUCUUACAUAGUUGGUAACAGUGUAGAGUUCUGUUUGAACUUCCGUUUGUUAUUUUAUCUUGCCAUGCCUGUGUUGUUUGUUGCGAUGGCCUCGAGAGAACGCUGGCUGGGAACAUUUACAACUUUAUUGCCACAUUUAGUAUCACUCUCUUGGUGGCAGAUGGCAGUAGUUGCUUCUAAUGGUGUAACUCAGUAUGGACUGAUUCGCACAUUCUUGGCUUUGAUCGGCCUUGUGAUCUUUAUUCCAUUAGCCAGUGUAUUAACUGUCAUCAUUCCAAUUGCAACUCUGGCUAGAUUUAUUUCAACGCACCAGAUAUCAACUCCGUUUGCUCUAGCCUGCGCCUCAUUGAUAACUGUCAUCUAUAUGGGAACCAAACAUCGCAGGACUGGGCCUUUGUUUUCUUGGGUCCAGGUUCUCCUGACUAUCCUUAGUAUAUGGUUUCUUCUCCAUUGUGGUGAGACUGAAAAAGUCGAAACUGGGUUUGAUUGGAGGGAAUUUCAGAACAUUUGUCAUGGAAAGAAGAUUGCUGAUCAAGAGAAUUGUAUUUCACUCGCAGGAUCUCGUGUUUCCUGGGAAGGAAGGGUUCUUUCGACGCAGGUCACUUCUGUCCAUAACCCGAUAGCACCCUUUAUCUAUCAUCUUCCUCAGGGAAUACAGGAAGUAAUUGUUUGUAUGUGGGGAGAGAGGUUUGAAGACUGUACAGGAAAAGAGCAUUGUAGAGUUCCUUCCAGCUUGUCGAACAGGUGUCACCUUUCUAAUUGGAAUAAGUAUGAAUACGAAAUAGAAGUGGAACUUGGUUCUGACGGAUGGAGUCUGGAUAAAACAGUUUGUAUACUAAGGGGCGGCCAUCAGUUCCGUAACCUGUCUGCCCUACUUCAGAGAGGUGAUAAGGUCUGGUUCCUCGGGCGCAUUAUGGAUCCAGUCGAGCAUGGCUUUAAGGUGGAUCUGAUCCAGGCGGACUGCUUGUCAUGUGAGGCGAUUGAUCAGUCCUCUCGCCCUGUGUCAACCUCCACGAUAUCACUGUCCCUUAAACCUCUUUUCAAUUUUCUGUUUAAUCCAAUGGCCAUCUUAAAGUGA